GGGCUAAAUUGCCGUCGCAAGCAAACAAGCCCCGUGGAGGGGAGGCUGCUCGCUAAACUAAUGGCGGUUGAGUAGCAGGCUAGUAGCGCGCCGGAGCUCUGUCCCUCCCCUGCUACUUAAUAAAUAGUCAGGUGUAGGCCUGUGUGUGCUUCCUCUGCCUCUGCUUCUGCUUCUGCUUCUUCCUCGUCCAGCAGCAUCUCCCUUCCCUUCCCUUGUCCUCGCCUGCGAUUCUUGGAGCACCUAGAUUCUCCACCUGUGGGAUUGCUUCCUCCAUUUCUUUCUUGAUGAGGUUUCAGCUUCAGGCACCCUACUUCUCCUCCUCGCCAAGGGAAAUUGCGACCCAAAUCUUCUCCGUCGAUAUGUGAACCCACCCAAGAACACGGCAGCACGCAACGCCCACCGCCGCCGCCGGCAUCUCCGUUUUCCCUCCUUGCAAGAACCGACGGCUGCGAAUUGACGCACAGGACCCGAAGACAUGGCGGCCUUCACGGCAGCCUUCUCCUUCUUGCUCGUGCUGCUCUGGCUGCUGGCGCCCGCCAUUGCCGACGCCGGCGAGGCGGCGGCGCUGCUCGCCUUCAGGCGCGCGUCCGUGGUGGACGACCCGCGCGGUGCGCUCACGACCUGGGUAUCCGGCGCCGCCGCCAACUCCACCGCGCCCUGCUCGUGGGCCGGCGUCACGUGCGCGCCGCCGCUCGACGGCCGGGUCGUCGCCCUCAACCUCAGCGGCAAGGACCUCGCUGGCGACCUUCGGCUCGGCGCGCUCCUCGCGCUCCCGGCGCUGCAGCGUCUCGACUUGCGCCGCAAUGCCUUCUACGGCAACCUCUCGCACGCGCCGCCGUCAUCGUCGUCGUGCGCGCUCGUGGAGGUGGACAUAUCGUCCAACGCCUUCAACGGGACGCUGCCCCCGGCGUUCCUGGCGUCCUGCGGCGCGCUGCGGUCCCUGAACCUGUCGAGGAACGCCCUCGCCGCCGGCGGGUUCCCGUUCGCGCCGUCGCUGCGGUCGAUCGACCUGUCGCGCAACCACCUGGAGGACGCCGGCCUGCUCAACUACUCCUUCGCCGGCUGCCAUGGCCUGCGGUACCUCAACCUCUCCGCCAACCUCUUCACGAGCCGGCUGCCGGAGCUGGCAUCGUGCAGCGUGAUCACCACGCUCGACGUGUCGUGGAACCAGAUCUCAGGCGCGCUCCCCGCCGGGUUCAUGGCGACCGCGCCGGCCAACCUGACGUACCUGAGCAUCGCCCGUAACAACCUCACCGGCGAUGUCUCUGGGUACAACUUCGGCGUGUGCGGCAACCUGACGGUGCUCGACUGGUCCAACAACGGCCUAAGCAGCACCGGACUACCGCCGGGUCUCGCCAACUGCCACCGCCUUGAGACGCUCGACAUGUCAGGGAACAAGCUUCUCUCCGGCUCAAUACCGACCUUCUUUACCGAACUACCUUCUCUGAAGAGACUGGCAUUGGCCGGCAACGAGUUCGCCGGGCCGAUACCGGAGGAGCUGGGCCAGCUGUGCGGCAGAAUCGUCCAUUUUGACCUGUCGAGCAACCGGCUGGUCGGCGGCUUGCCGGCGAGCUUUGCAAAGUGCAGCUCCCUCGAGGUGCUCGACCUCAGAGCGAACCAGUUCUCCGGUGACUUUGUGGCCAGCGUCGUCAGCACCAUCUCCUCGCUCCGCGUGCUGCGGCUGGCAUUCAACAACAUCACCGGCGCGAACCCGCUGCCGGCGCUCGCGGCGGGGUGCCCAUUGCUGGAGGAGAUCGACCUCGGGGCCAACGAGCUCGACGGAGAAAUCAUGCCGGACCUGUGCACGUCACUGCCUUCUCUGAAGAAGCUGUUCCUCCCAAACAACUACCUCAACGGCACCAUACCGACGUCGCUCGGCAACUGCGCUAACCUGGAGUCCAUUGAUCUGAGCUUCAACUUCCUGGUUGGCGAGAUCCCGCCGGAAGUAAUCACUCUGCCGAAGUUGGCCGAUCUGGUCAUGUGGGCGAAUGGCCUGUCCGGCGUGAUACCGGACAUCCUAUGCUCCAAUGGCACCGCACUGGCGAUGCUGGUGAUAAGCUACAACAACUUCACCGGAGGCAUCCCGCCGUCCAUCACAAGCUGCGUGAACCUCGUCUGGGUGUCGCUGUCGGCCAACCGUCUCACCGGGGUCGUGCCGCCGGGCUUCUCCAAGCUCCAGAAGCUGGCCAUCCUGCAGCUCAACAAGAACCAGCUCUCCGGCCGCGUGCCGGCGGAGCUCGGCAGGUGCAACAACCUCAUAUGGCUGGACCUCAACAGCAACGGCUUCACCGGCACGAUACCCUCGGAGCUGGCAGCCCAGGCGGGGCUCGUUCCGGAGGGGAUCGUGUCAGGGAAGGAGUUCGUCUUCCUCCGCAACGAGGCCGGCAACAUCUGCCCCGGCGCCGGACUGCUCUUCGAGUUCUUCGGCAUCCGGCCAGAGCGCUUGGCCGGGUUCACCCCCGCCGUGCGCAUGUGCCCGGUCACCAGGAUCUACAUGGGCACCACGGUGUACUCAUUCAGCAGCAAUGGCAGCAUGAUCUUCCUCGACCUCUCGUACAACGGCCUCACCGGCGAGAUACCGGAGAGCCUCGGGAGCAUGGCGUACCUCGUCGUCCUCAACUUGGGGCACAAUGAGCUCAGCGGCAAGAUACCGGAGGCAUUUUCAGGGCUGGAACUGAUGGGCGCCAUGGACCUGUCAAACAAUCACCUCGUCGGCGGCAUACCCUCAGGUUUUGGUAGCCUGCAUUUCCUCGUCGACUUCGACGUCUCCAACAACAACCUCACCGGUCCGAUCCCGUCGUCCGGCCAGCUCACCACCUUCCAGCCGGCCCGGUACGGGAACAACUCUGGUCUCUGUGGCAUUCCUCUGCCGCCAUGCGGGCACACUCCGGGAGGGGUGAGCGGGGGAGGAAGCUCACAUGAUGGGAGGAGGAAGGUGAUCGGGGCGAGCAUUCUCGUCGGAGUGGCGCUCUCGGUGCUCAUACUCCUGCUGCUCUUGGUCACGCUCUGCAAGCUCUGGAAGAGCCAGAGGACCGAGGAGAUCAGAACGGGGUACAUCGAGAGCCUCCCGAUGUCCGGCGCCACGAGCUGGAAGCUGUCCGGCGUCGAGGAGCCACUGAGCAUCAACGUGGCAGCAUUCGAGAAGCCGCUGAGGAAGCUCACCUUCGCGCACCUCCUCGAGGCCACCAAUGGCUUCAGCGCCGAGACCCUCGUCGGCUCCGGGGGGUUCGGCGAGGUUUACAAGGCCAGGCUCAAGGACGGCAGCGUGGUGGCCAUCAAGAAGCUCAUCCAUUACACGGGCCAGGGCGACCGGGAGUUCACGGCGGAGAUGGAGACCAUCGGCAAGAUCAAGCACCGCAACCUCGUCCCGCUGCUCGGGUACUGCAAGGUCGGCGACGAGCGGCUCCUCGUGUACGAGUACAUGAAGCACGGCAGCUUGGACAUGGUGCUCCACGACAACGACGACAAGGCCAUGGUGAAGCUCGACUGGGCGGCGAGGAAGAAGAUCGCCAUCGGGUCGGCGAGGGGCCUCGCCUUCCUCCACCACAGCUGCAUCCCCCACAUCAUCCACCGGGACAUGAAGUCGAGCAACGUGCUCCUGGACAACAACCUCGACGCCCGGGUGUCGGACUUCGGGAUGGCGAGGCUGAUGAACGCGCUGGACACGCACCUGAGCGUGAGCACGCUCGCGGGCACGCCCGGGUACGUCCCGCCGGAGUACUACCAGAGCUUCCGGUGCACGACCAAGGGCGACGUCUACAGCUAUGGCGUCGUGCUCCUGGAGCUCCUCACCGGGAAGAAGCCGAUCGACCCGACCGAGUUCGGCGACAACAACCUCGUCGGCUGGGUGAAGCAGAUGGUCAAGGAGAACAAGAGCGGCGAGAUCUUUGAUCCCACGCUGACCGACACCAAGUCCGGGGAGGCCGAGCUCGAUCAGUACCUCAAGAUCGCCUCCGAGUGCCUGGAUGACCGGCCGGCCAGAAGGCCUACCAUGAUCCAGGUCAUGGCCAUGUUCAAGGAGCUGCAGCUCGACUCCGACAGCGACUUCCUCGACGGCUUCUCGAUCAACUCCUCCACCAUAGACGAAUCGGCAGAGAAAUCAUCGUCGUAAUGUUUUCUGUUUCUUGUUUCUUGUUUCUUUUUUCGUGCUCUGGAAUGGAAGGAUAGAACAGCGAGAUAGCUCAAUCAUUUUAGGUUACAAAAAAAAGGCCGUAGUGUCCUCCAAUUCACCGGGGGAGGUUGUAGUUUUGUGGUUCCACUCUCUGUAUAUAUAAGCGUCAAAAGUAUGAAGAGGGACAUGAAGGUAGUAGCUUUUUUUGCAAGAAAA